UGGAACUUUCACGCUUGCUGGACUGCCCCUGACUAAUGUUUCCUAGAUGACUCUAUCAACAUGCCCAACCUCCGCAAGCCUCUCUCUGGUCAGCUCACCAUUCGUGUCGGACAAAUCAAGGACGUUGAUCACGCAUCCAUGAGUCGCUUUAGCCGAGGGCCUGAGACUUUCAUCGCUGUCAAGGUCGAAGACAACGUUGUGGCCCGCACGAGAGUGACCAGGACCGACAAAUGGGAAGCCGAAUACCACACUCUCGAAGUCGACAAGGUCAACAAGGACAACCUCCCAUGGCAAAUCCCCCGAUCGCUCAGCAGCCCAUCGACGGCUGGUUCAAUCUCGAGCCUGCCGGUCAGAUCCAACUGUCUUUGGGAUUCCUCAAGGAAAACAACGCCCGUCGCCCCGUCAACUUGCAAGGUCUCGGCCGUGUGGGUGCUGUUCGUCAACGCAAGGAGGAGGUGCACGAGAUGUACGGACACAAGUUUGUUCAACAUCAGUUCUACAACAUCAUGCGUUGCGCCCUUUGCGGAGACUUCCUCAAGUACUCGACUGGCAUGCAGUGCGAGGACUGCAAGUACACUUGCCAUACUAAAUGCUACUCUAGCGUUGUCACCAAAUGUAUUAGCAAGAGCAACGCUGAAACGGACCCGGACGAAGAGAAGAUCAACCACCGCAUCCCCCACAGAUUCCAGGCCUUCUCAAACAUGACGGCCAACUGGUGCUGUCACUGCGGUUACAUCCUGCCCUUUGGCAAGAAGAACUGCAGAAAGUGUGCAGAAUGUGGUCUCACGGCACACGCGGCAUGCGUACACCUUGUUCCCGACUUCUGUGGAAUGUCCAUGGCCGUAGCAAACCAGAUUUUGGAGGGUAUCAAGUCUACUAGAAUGAUCUCGAAGAACAAGACUUCCACUUCCCUGAGCGACCGAACGCUGAGGCAGAAACCGACAAGCCCCACAAGCACUAUUGGCUCUCCUCAUAGUGGAGGUCAACCAUAUGCUGGAGGAUCUCCGGAAGCAACCGAGGCUGCCAAGUUGAUGUAUCAACAGCAGCAGCAGCAGUCUCCUCCUGGCCAGCGACCUAUGCACCCUGAUCGUACUUCUUCAAGCACGGCGGCGGCGGCGGCAGCGACAGCGGCCAUGAGCGGAUCAAUGGCUUCCCAGCAAAAGCCUCAGUCUCAGGACUAUUCAAGUUACGGUGGACGCCCCGGUUACCCGGCCCAGGCCGAGCAGCCAGACUCGUACAACAGCGGCGGACCUAAGUAUAACCCGGCAGACUACGCGCAAGUCAACCAGCAAGCUGGAUAUGGCCAACAUCCUCCUGCGCAACAGCAGCAACAGCAGCGUCCUGUCCAGCAGCAGCCACCGCAGCAGCAGCAGCAGCAGCCUCCUCCUCAACAAUACCAGCAACCUCCCCAGCAGCAAAUGUACCAGCAGUCGCCCGUCUCCUCGCCUAAGCUGCAGGAGCCGCCUCAGAUUUCACCCAUCGCAACAUCUGGGGGUGUUCCUAGCUCUGGCGCUGGUCGUAAGCCGUUGCCUUCCGCCACCGAUCCUGGAACUGGUCAACGUAUUGGUCUUGACCACUUCAACUUCCUGGCUGUGCUUGGUAAGGGUAACUUCGGAAAGGUCAUGCUUGCGGAAACGAAGCGGUCCAAGAGGCUUUAUGCUAUCAAAGUGCUAAAGAAGGAGUUCAUCAUCGAGAAUGACGAAGUGGAGAGCAUUCGCUCUGAGAAGAGAGUGUUCCUCAUCGCCAAUCGGGAAAGGCACCCAUUCUUGACUAAUCUUCACGCAUGUUUCCAAACCGAGACCCGUGUGUACUUUGUCAUGGAGUAUGUUAGCGGUGGUGAUCUCAUGCUACACAUUCAGCGAGGCCAAUUCGGCACUAAGCGAGCUCAGUACGAAGCCUUCAUCCAUCUAUUGCCAGAACUCAACUAACCGAAUUCUCAGGUUCUACGCUGCCGAGGUUUGCUUGGCGCUCAAGUACUUCCACGAGAACGGUGUCAUCUACCGUGAUCUGAAGCUUGACAACAUUCUUUUGACCCUGGACGGACACAUCAAGAUUGCCGAUUACGGUCUUUGCAAGGAAGACAUGUGGUUCGGCUCGACUACUAGCACAUUCUGCGGCACCCCGGAGUUUAUGGCACCUGAGAUAUUACUCGACAAGAAGUACGGCCGUGCCGUUGACUGGUGGGCAUUCGGUGUCCUGAUUUACCAAAUGCUUCUUCAGCAAUCACCCUUCCGAGGAGAAGACGAGGAUGAAAUUUAUGAUGCCAUUCUUGCCGACGAGCCUCUGUACCCCAUUCACAUGCCCAGAGACUCU